CUAAACUCGAACGGCUUCGGCGCUUGCGAGAACUAAAUUUCGAUUUGAUAAAAUAGUCAACACAUAAGGCUGGCAAGAAUGGCCGCUGUUCUAGGAAAGUUCAGAGCUUUACAGUCGGUGUUUGGCAAAGCAAAUUUGCCAGCCCUUACCUCGACAAGAUUCGUGGCAAGGUCGUCUGAACGUCAGGAUACCAACGAGGGAUGGCUAAGCAAACUUACGGUCAGAAAAAUCGAGCCGACCAAAGAAUCCCACUCGCGGAUGCUAUCGGAUAAAGAAAUAAUAUAUGGGCUAAGCACGCAUAAUAUACGUCCAAAUUCUAUGGACAAAUACCUGGUCAAUUACCAAGAAUAUGUUAAUCUUAUUCAUUCCAAGAAAUCAGAUCUACAAUGCGAUCUGAUUGGUUCUUGGGUCGUCGAAGUCGGGGAUAUGGACCAGGCUUUGCAUCUUUGGAGAUAUACAGGAGGCUACGAACGAGUUGAUAGAACUCUGUCAACAUUAUCACAGAAUGAGGCUUAUCACAAGCUCAUACAGGAGCAGGGCAGUUAUCUGAGGUCCCGACAUCUGCAGUACCUGUUGGCGUUCAGUUUUUGGCCGCAGUUGGUGAUGAGGGAGGGUCCCAACAUAUACGAAAUCCGUAGCUAUAGUUUAAAACCUGGUACCAUGAUAGAAUGGGGUAACAAUUGGGCACGGGCAAUUAACUACAGACGUAACAAUGAUGAAGCAUUUGCUGGAUUCUUCUCACAGAUCGGACGGUUAUACAAUGUCCACCAUAUUUGGGCUUACAAAGACUUUCAAACGAGAAAAGAAACCCGUGAAAGUGCUUGGCGGUCUCCGGGAUGGGAUAACUGUGUUGCAUACACAGUGCCCCUCAUCAGAGAAAUGCAUUCUCGUAUUCUGAGACCUGUAUCAUUUUCGCCUACAAAGUAAUUACUCUGUAAGUGCCAUAAGGUGAAAUUAUUUGCAUUUGUACAAUACUUAUUACCCAUUUACCUACCUACCUACCUACCUAUCUAUCUGUGUAUAUCAUAAAUUAUAAUACCUACUGUAAUAUUGUUGAAAAAUUGUAAUAUUGUACACCUCGGAUAAAUAAUGUAGAAAUUGAAGAAUACAGUGGCUACGACUCGACUAGUGAAGAAUAGUUGCUCAUUACUUAAGUAUCAUUAAGUAUAUAAUAACAGCAUACCCCUAGCGUCUGUUCUCAAUACAUUAGAUUGUGAAUGAGUGUUAAAGUGUAAUGAGCCUUAAAGAAAACAAAACUUGUAUGUUUAAAAAAUAUGAAAUAUCCGCAAAAAACACGUUGUCCAACAUUCUUUACCCUCUCUUCAAGUAAAUGCUUUUUCUUCAGAGUGGCCAAUCAUUUUUGCAGAAUGAUUUCCAUGAUAUUUCCAGGUUUUUCAGAACCAAAUUUAUCUUAUUUUUCGAUUUCAAAUUAAUUGGUAGACCAGGACAACCGAUGAUUCAUUGAUUUCAUAAAACAAAAAUAUGUCUCAAUAUCAUUGAUUUACUGUAAAUAUUGCUAGUUCCGUAACUUAAUAUAUUGGCAACUCCUAUUGUUGUAUGAUACAUUUACCUUACCCAGCGUGAUACAAGUAAAGAUUGAAUAUUACGUCGCAACUACAAAGACUGCAUGUGAUAGUUUGUUGAACAUAUAUUAUCCGUUUCAUGAAAAAAAUGAACAAUCACUGAUGUAAUGAAUUAUGAUGCUUAUUACUCACGAACGAAGCUGGCAACUGGCAGUAGCAUUCUUUGUGUGCUAUGUAAUGAUUCACCUUCCUUUUUCUCUGCAAUAAUAGAUUUACAGUUUGAAAUUCUAGUGUACUUGAAGUAGCUGACUUUGUCUGAACUGGAAACUCAUCUCUAUGUUUAUACCGAUAUUCAAUUAUGUUGACAAACAUUUGUUUUGAAGGAAAAUGUCGCUAAGGAAACUGCGGUUUGACAAGAUCCAGAGUGACAUAUGAUUUGAUAUUUUCAAUUUUUAUUAUCUAAUCAGCAUAGUGGUUUUGAGUGGCUGAAGUGCAUGUAACAAACGUUGGUCUAAUUGUUUUAAUGUAGCACACGCUCACUCUGCCCCAUCCAUCAGUUUAGUUAAAAAAUGUAUUUAUACUCUACCUAAACUUAAAAAUAAAAAUAAUUAAUUAUGAUAAUAAUUAUUAUAAUUAUUAAGACCGACGAUACAUCGGAUUACUGACAAUGCGUGCGUUGCUUAUUAAUUUUUUUUUCUUGAUUGGUUACUUGCUAUAAAGGUAUUGGUUUUCUUUAGUUUAAUUAUAUAUGUAUAUAAUAAUAGAGAAUAUUUAUCUAUACUCGUAUGUACCUAUUUCUGUUUAUAAUCAAGUAUAUGUUUAUGUUACUUUUUUUACGUGAGCAUGUAUGACCAUACGAUAAGCUCACAAAUUAGAUUCACACAGGGCCCAUGAUACACAAAUAGGGAACACGUUACAAUUGCUAAGUAUGCGGAUUAAGGUUUCUAUUGUUACUAAUCAUGUAAGUUUUUAUGUUUGUGAAUUAACAGAAAUAUACUCAAUUUAUCUCCAUCAUAGAGAUACAGGUGUUUAUAUCUGGAAUAUGAUAUUUAUGAAGUUGAAGUUACAGAUAUUCUAUUCACUUCACAUUAUAUGAUUAGUGGAAUAUAUAUGAAUAAAUAAACUUGGCAGGUAAGCUGGCUUCUGAGGAAGCAAGCAUGAGUCAUGAUGAUUGUUAUAAAUAAAUGACUGAACAUUUUUCUAAUUCGAUGUGUACUGGAGUUGGCGCUAAAUACAUUUUUCACCUCCUUUCAUAUGUUAUUUUUCGUGCUCAAAUACAGCUUUCAGUGAGGUUACUCAGUGUGACUUGAUAUUAUUGAGAUUCCAGUGUUUUUCAAAAUUCACUACUAUGUAUUCAUUUUGAACUUGAAGAC